CCACAUCCAGUGCAUAUAUGUAGCUGAUCUAUGGAUAAGAUGCAUAUAACUUGUCUAUGGCGUCUUGAUCCAUUGAAAAAUGCAUUUCUUUGGCCACCACGAGCAUCAUCUAAGCGGAUUGCGACGCAUUAAUCAAAUUGGACCCGCUUAUCACCAUACGCCACUUUGGCAGGAAGCGCAGGAGACGCAGUUGCAUUUAAAGGAAACUUAUUUAUGGCAACAGCGUAAGGGUUCGCGGGUUAGCACAAUCAAUGACUGGCUGCAGAUACAAAUUGGUGGCUCCGAUGAUCUGAAAAAGAAGAAGCCGAGCAAACAGAACUGCAUAAAAUCAACAAAAUAUACGCUCAUCACAUUUCUGCCGCAGAAUCUAUUGGAGCAAUUUCGUCGCAUUGCGAAUUUUUAUUUUCUGGUUAUGACCAUAAUAUCGCUGCUAAUAGAUAGUCCUGUGUCGCCUAUGACAUCGCUGCUGCCUUUGGUAUUUGUAAUUGCAGUAACAGCCGCCAAGCAAGGAUAUGAAGACAUUUUGCGCUUUAGAACAGACAAUGUGGUUAAUCGUUCGCCAGUUACAAUCAUAAGGAAUGGCGUCGAGUCGAUUAUACAAUCACAAAAUGUAGCCGCUGGCGAUUUGAUUGUUGUGGAACGCGACUGCGAUGUGCCCUGCGAUCUGGUGCUGCUGCGCUCCACAGAUCCGCAUGGCAAGUGCUUUAUAACAACGGCCAAUUUGGAUGGCGAAUCGAAUCUAAAGACGCUGAUGGUGCCGCGAGAUUUGCCCACAGUGCCCAUUGAUCAAAUGCAUAAGUUGGGCAUCAUUGAGUGCGAGAGCCCUGGCACCGAUCUCUACAGUUUCAAUGGCAAACUGGAGCUGGCCGGCGGCGAGGGACGUGUGCUGCCGCUCACUGCGGAGAAUGUGCUGCUGCGUGGGUCGCGUGUUAAGAAUACGGAGUGUGUCAUUGGCUGUGCCGUCUACACGGGCAUGACCACCAAGCUGCAGCUCAACAGUCGCCUCACACGCAACAAGACCGCCUCCAGUGAGGUCUAUGUGAAUCGUUUCCUUAUCUUUAUACUGAUUGCGUUGAUAGCAAUCGUAACGCUGCUCUAUUUCCUCAAGCGUUACAAUGAGCUCUUUGUGAUACCAAAACUCACCUAUCUGGGACCCGCUGCCGAUGGCUACAGCGUCAAGCAGUUUCUACAGGACUAUCUAUCGUUUCUCAUACUCUUCAACUAUCUGAUACCCAUUUCAUUGUACGUCACCAUUGAGCUGCAGCGCGUCAUAGGCAGCAUGUUCAUGGAAUGGGAUACGCAGCUGUACGAGGAGGAGACGGAUCAGCAGUGUGUGGUCAACACAUCCAAUUUGAACGAGGAGCUGGGACAGAUCAAUAUACUCUUCUCGGAUAAGACGGGCACGCUGACCAAGAACGAAAUGAACUUUCAGCAGUGCUCGGUGGCAGGGCGUAAAUAUCAUUAUAAGAAGACGCGACUGGAGGAUGAGGAGACCAAAGCCUUGAUAGACAUAAACAAGUUCAAUCUGGACCAGAAGGUUUUCUUUCAGGCGCUGGCUAUUUGCCACACUGUGCAGGUGGCCACCAGCACGACAGAGGAGGCCGCCGCCGCCGCCGCAGCAGCUGAGCUGCCGGCCAAGGAUAACAACAUGUCGGACAUUACCGAGGAGAGUCACAAUUCUAGUCAGCACAGUGAGCUGAAUGUAAGUCACACCAUUGAAACAUCGCUCUCGGCGCAUCCAAACGGCGCACAUGCGCCUGUCAGUUCCUCCGAUGUCAAUCCGCUGCUCAUCUCCGAUGAUGGCUACAAAGUCGAGCGGCGCAAGCGUCCGCAAGUGGUCAAACGCAGUCCCAACUUUACGCGCGCCAACAGCCAGAGCAACAACAACAACAGCAAUGCACUGCCCAUGGAUCAGCUGGCCGUCAAUGGACUGCAGAGCGCACCCAACAUUAUGCGGCCAGCGUCGCUGCAGUUUCAACGCUCCAACUCGGAGCGCGAUCUGCCGCAGUACGAGCAGGCAGCCAACAAUGCCGCACUCUUUGGCCAUCGACGCGCGCAUUCCUAUGGCGCGCCCAAUGCGUAUCUAACAAGUCCCGUGGGCAGCGCUUCGCCACCUGCCGCCGGACUGUUUCGUGCCGCCAGCACCACCUCCAGAGAAUCCUAUGCAGCGCCCACAUUUACGCGCCAGCCCACGCUGCUGAUACGCGCCGAAUCGCAGCGACGUAAAAAUGAAAUCCAACAGACUUUGUCCUUAUUGGACUACCAGGCAUCCAGUCCGGACGAGAAGGCGCUAGUGGAGGCCUGCGCCAAUCUGGGUCUCGUCUAUACCGGCGACGAUGAUGAGGUGCUGCAUGUGCGCGUCGUGCCGCCGCACUUGGACUACAAGCGUCCCUUUGGCAGUAGCAAGCCACGUGAGGAGCGCUUCUAUCGCCUGCACGUGCUCGAGUUCACAUCGGACCGCAAGCGCAUGAGCGUGAUUGUGCGCGAUGAGGCUGGACGCAAGUGGAUCUAUACCAAGGGAGCCGAGAGCUACGUCUUUCCGCUCUGCGCCAAUAGCGCGGCGCAGAUGGUGGCCAAGACCGACGGCCAUAUAAGCGACUUUGCGCGCUUGGGUCUGCGCACGCUGGCCAUAGCGCGUCGGGAGAUCAGCGAGGCGGACUAUCAGGAGUUUGUCAGCUCGCUGGCGCUGGCAAAUAGCUCGCUGGAGAAUCGCAAGCAGCUUAGCGAGCAGUGCUAUGCCAAGAUUGAGAGCAAUUUGGAUCUAUUGGGCGCCACUGCUGUGGAGGAUGCGCUGCAGGACGAUGUUGCUGAUACUCUUGUCUCGCUGCAGGCAGCCGGCAUUAAGAUCUGGGUGCUGACAGGCGACAAGGUCGAGACUGCGCUGAACAUUGCGCUCUCCUGCGGCCACAUACCGCCCGAUGCCAAAAAGUAUAUCAUACUGGAGUGCAAGAAUCGCGAGGAUUUGCUGGUGCAUCUCAAUGUGCUGGAGCGUGAGAUUGUCUUCGGCAUGGGACGUGACUGUGCGCUGCUUAUCGAUGGACAGAGUUUGAGCGUAGCGCUAGCCGAGACGCCCAAGGAGUUCCGCGACGUUGCCGUCAAAUGCAAGGCGGUGCUCUGCUGUCGCCUGAGUCCGCUGCAGAAGAGCGAAGUGGUGGCGCUGAUCAAGUCCUCCAACGAGAAUUACAAUACAGCUGCCAUUGGUGAUGGCGCCAACGAUGUGUCCAUGAUACAGGAGGCCCACAUAGGCAUCGGCAUCAUGGGACGCGAGGGCAGGCAGGCGGCACGCUGUGCAGACUUUGCCUUUGCCAAGUUCUGCAUGCUGAAGCGCUUGCUGCUCGUCCAUGGCCAUUACCAUACCGUGCGGCUAUCGCUGCUGGUUUUGUACUUUUUCUACAAGAAUAUUGUAUUCAUGGGCAUUAUGUUUCUAUUUCAAUUCCACACGCUGUUCUCCUCGUCAUCUGUUUACGACUCGCUCUUCCUAACGCUCUACAAUGUGAUUUAUACCUCGCUGCCCAUUCUCUUCAUAGCGCUAACCGAGAAGCCCUACACCGAGGAGACGCUAAUGCAAAACCCCAAGCUUUAUAAAAAGAAUACGGACAACAAGCAGCUGCAUUGGCCCUACUUUCUUAUGUGGACCAUGUUUGCUAUUUAUCAUUCGGUUGCCAUAUUCUACUUCCUCUACGGCAUCUUCUCUUUCAACAACGUGGUGCUCAAUGGCGGCCAGACUGCUGCCUUCUCCUGCUUUGGCACACUGCUCAUGUGGUCUGUGGUCAUCAUAGUCAAUCUGAAGGUCUGGCUGGAGUCCAUGUAUCUAUCCUAUUGGUAUAUAGCGACCAUUAUCCUAUCUAUACUUGCAUUUAUGAUCACCACGGUCAUCUACAAUGUCAUCAAUCUUGACUACGAUACGGAUAUCUAUUGGGCCUAUAAUAAUCUCUUGGCCUCGCUGCCUGUCUGGCUAUAUAUCAUAUUGUGUAUGGUGGCCUGUCUGUUGCCCGAUUUCACGCUUAAAAUGCUCCGAAGAGCUUUGAAUAUCAAAAGCUUUAGCAUUUUUCCAGGCAAACAGCGCAAACUGGAAAUGCGCCGUAAAUUCGAGUCGACUUACUUAUAAUACUUACACUCUAUAUAUAGAAACAUAGGUUAGCAUUCUUUUGUACAGUUUGUUUUAUUUAUUUAUUUUCGUCACUUAGCUUGUAAUACUUUUUUU